CGAUCAAGAUAGCUUUAACAAUCAACACCCAAAUGGCGUUCGACAUAUUCAAGAUGUCGGUGGGAGUCCAGGCCAGAUGCUGAAGGUCCCGAUGGCAACAGCUGUCUUGCUUCCAUGCUCAUCAAUACGCGCACUUAUCUCCUCUCCCAAACUCGACGCAGUACUGCCUCUCCGAAGUCUGAUUCACUAACAGGCCGGCACGGUCACUCUGAAUCUACACAUCAGACUACAGAGAUGUUAUUGGUAUAUCAGGCAGGUAGUGUCCAUGUUGGCGAGGCUGUUCGAUAUACGUUGACAUACACACCGGCCGCAGACCCAAUACUUCCAACGCCGUCGGAGCUGCAUGUUAGGAUUAAGAACACAUCAGCCCUUCCUCUCCGCGCUGCCUAUCUCCAUGGUCCAUAUACUCUCUAUACUGCCUGUUACCCGUCUUCUUUCAAUCCAGACCACAAACACAAAUUAGAAGAUGGGCUGCCACAAUUCGAACCAAAUCUCAGGGCAGGUGGGAGCUGGGAUGCCGUCAUCCCUAUACCUGAGCGUAUUCGGCAAACUCCAGAAACAGCCCUAUCCAUCGAUCCCGAAAUAGCAGCUGGAAGCGUUACUUGGGUCAUUGAGAUUGUAUCACAAGUGAUAUUCUCCACGACAGCAUCUGUUCACUUUGAGCUCUUAGUCGGCCGCGAUGAAAAGUCACUGAAUUUGGGCUCGGGCUCUCGGAGCGGAGGAUCUGGGAAUGUGCCCCCUCCGGCGCAACUCCAUGAUCAUUGGAAGCCAGGAGUCAAGCACCACCAAUCUGCUGCCAAUACUAGAAAGGGAGUAAAUUCCAAGUCUAUUACUUUGGUGGUCGAUGAUACUUCGAGCCUUUGGAAUACGCCUGCAUUUCCAUCUUGGGAAGAGAAACAGUACCUUGGAAAGGAGGCAGAUACUCGCCAAACCUCUGGAGAGACGCAAAGCGAUUCAGAUAUAAAAGGCGGAAACUCGAAACAGGCCGGGAGCGAAGGGAAAAGAAAGAAGCGGCGCAUCCACUUUGUGGUUUUGACUCAUGGCCUUCAUAGCAACCUUGGCGCCGAUAUGCUAUAUCUAAAGGAAAGCAUCGAUGCCGCUUCUAAGGCAGCGAGGAAGCAGGCAAGAGAAGAACGCGAUCGCCGAAAACACGAGGAACCCGAGAACACGGCUGGUGACGACGGCGCCGAAAGUGAUGACGAGCAGGUUAUUGUCCGCGGCUUUCCCGGGAAUGCUGUACGCACUGAGCGAGGUAUACAGUAUCUAGGGAAACGACUCGCAAAAUAUGUCCUUUUGAUGACGUACCCUGAUCAGCCGUACCUGCCCACCAAGAAACCCAAGAAGUCUCUUUCUCGGUCAUUGACUGGUUUGAAGAGCCCGACUGGAUCAACUGCCCACAAUCCUCUUGCAGAGUCCUCCGAACUUGGCGACAAGAACACUCCAGACUACGCUUAUGAGAUUACCAGCAUCAGCUUCAUUGGUCAUUCCCUAGGUGGCCUUAUACAGACAUAUGCAAUUGCCUACAUCCGGAAAUAUUCUCCCGAAUUUUUUGAUCGGAUAAAGCCUAUAAACUUCAUUGCUUUAGCAACGCCCUUUCUUGGUUUGAGCAACGAGAAUCCAGUGUAUGUGCGGUUUGCCCUUGACUUUGGUCUGGUUGGCCGCACGGGUCAAGAUCUCGGUCUCAGUUGGACUGCCCCCAAGGUCAGAAGUGGCUGGGGAGCAGUGAUUGGUGGCCUGGGGAACGAGUCUAAGAAGGCCGAGAAGCAGUCAGAUCCAGGAUCCAAACCACUGUUGAGGAUACUCCCAAGUGGUCCAGCUCACCAGGUACUUCUCAAGUUCCGCAACCGGACAGUCUAUUCUAAUGUCGUCAAUGACGGGAUCGUUCCUUUGCGAACAUCGUGUCUCCUUUUCCUAGACUGGAGGGGCUUGGAUAGGGUGGAAAAGGCGAGAAGGGAGAACGGACUCGUUGGGACUAUGGCUGAAUGGGGUUGGGCAGAGUUAACCGGAGCAAAUUCCAACACUGUCAAGACUGCCCGAACCCUGACGGAUUUGAGUCUAGGUCCUGCAGCUGAAGCACAACAAAGCAGCUCAUCGCAGAUGGAGUCAGCAGCUACAACAGGCAAAGCCAAGGAUGACAGUCCUGGUGCAGACGAGAUGUUGUCUCCUGCCCCGAGACAGUUCCUCAAGCACUCGGUGCAGACGGGCAAUACCGAUUUGGUCAAGUCUAAAGAAAACUCGCAUUCGACACCUGCAACGCCUGCGACACCUACCAGUCCACUUGGCAAUUUGUUGUCGAUGCUGCGGCCAAAACAGUCGAAAGAUUCGAGCAACAGCAAAGAUGCUAGGAUCUACAAGCGAAGCCAAACGAUGAAUAUAUCUAGUGAGCAUACCGACACGUCCUCAUCAGAUGUGCCGCAGUCCGAGCAGCCGCGUCCUGGACCAGUCCGUGGAGACUCCUUAUACGAUGAUGAUGUAUAUGCGCCGCCCAAGACUACGUUUUUUGAAUCUGCCGGCGACCUUCUGAAGCCGCCUCUUCCAACAACGGAGUUUCUCAUCGACCCGGCUGCACGACCUCGCACAAUAUUCCAUGAUCGCGUGUACCAUCCCGAGGAUAUUCCUCCCCCGUCUCCUGUAAAACGCCGUACCAUUUUCAGCUCUUCUCAUAGUGCGCAGCCUGGGUCCAACUCAGGAACAUCUCAGUCACUGGAUCAUCACGACCAGCAACACACCGAAGGCUCUAUGAGUGGCAUGAAAGUUGAAGAGAAGAUUGCCAGGGCAUAUCACCGUGACUUGUCUUGGCGAAAGGUCUUGGUCCGUCUGGAACCGGAUGCCCACAACAAUAUUAUCGUGCGUCGAAUGUUCGCAAAUGCGUACGGCUGGCCAGUAGUGAAGCAUCUUGUCGACACUCAUUUUGCCUACACUCUUACUGCCGAAACUGAUGAUGCGCUCGAGCCGAGUGUUGAAAGAGCAAAGCCCGUCAACGAAUCAGCAUCUAAUUCUGGCGAGGAGGUAGAAGGCCAAACUGAAGUUCCGAACAUCGAAGCAAUCGAACGGGGUAAAAACGCUCCGAGCAAUGAUAGAAAUCACCCUUCAGAGCUACAAAGCACUCCGUUCUCCGAAGAUCCACAGAAGACGGCUCCAGUCCCCGAGCCUGCCGUUGGCCAUGCAGAUGCACAUGAUAAAAAUUCGAAUCUAUCGAAUCUCCCAAGACAGGAUUCAGCAAGAUGGGAUGACCACCUUUCCGGUGACGAUAAUGAAGAAACUCUUUCUGAAGCUGAAAGCAGUGAUGGGAGCUAUCAUGACGAUCUGAAUCAUUAUAGACAGCGGACUGUCUAGGACUGACAAUGUCCACGGUUCCACACUAACUCUUAGCUUUUGCAGAAGAUCUUGACAUGGCCAUUCAUUGGUAGAUAGAUCGGGUAUCAUGCCUGUAUAUAAUGUAGUCAAUAGUGUUGUUAAUAUGAUAGAAUGCAUUUCAGUGGCAC